AUGCCGACGAAUGAACCAUGCCCUCGUCAUCUCCAUGAUGAGGAUUCGCCCCGAGCCACGCAGGAGCCCUCAAUGUGGGCGACCAGCAGGUAAGUUGAGUACUGUUUUUUCUUUCGAAUAUGCUUGCCCACCAUCAUCAUUGCAGUAACGAGGUGGCUCAACGACUAGUGAACGUUCAGUCGCCGAUGGGGACGUCUCCGCGGAGAACCGAUGGUGCAAAGUGAGGGAUAUACGGUACCGCCCUGAGUGUCUUUGGCCGUACACGUCGUCAACGCCAGGAGUGGUUCGACGACGGAGUCGCUGUAUUCACACUCUACUUGCCGAGAGGAGUCCUCUGCACAAAACCUAUUUCAACCGCCAUACCGACGACUGCAGAGCAGCCUUCAAAUCGAAGUCGCCGCCUUGUGCAACAGCGGCUGCAGGAGAUGCAGGACACCUGGACGGCUCGCAAGGCCGAUGAUACCCAAGGAUAUGCGGACCGCAACAAAUGGAUGAACAUCUUUGCCGCGAUCAAGACUGCCUGCGGUCCCAUAGUCAAAAGGAACCGCUCCUCUUCUUAGCGUCGACGGAACUACCCUACUCACUGAGAAGAGGCAAAUUCUGAGGCGCUGGGUCGAGCACUUCAAAAGCGUCGUCGACCGUCCCCCCACCAUCCCCGACGCCGCCAUCGCCCGUCUGCCUCAAGUGGAUAUCAACGGCGACCUCGACUCCCUGUCCUCUCUCCAUGAAACCAUCAGGACAAUGCAGCAACUUUGCAGCGGGGAGGCAUCCGGAUCAGACGCGAUCCCUGCUGAAAUUCAUAAGCACGGCGACUCCAACUCAUUAAUCAUCUGACAGCGCUCUUGCAGAUGUGGCGCCGAAGAGAACUUCCGCAGGAUUUCAAGGACGCCAGAAGCGUUUGUCUCCACAGGAAAAAAAGGGGCCACCAACUCUGCGACAACCACAAAGGGAUCUAACCGCUCGAUUUCGCUGGGACUAUCUUAGAUCACGUUCCCCUCAAUCGCCUCAGCAGCCAUCUGGAACAGGGUCUCCUGCCGGAAAGUCAGUGCGGAUUCCGCCGUCAUCGCGGGACCACCGACGUGAGCUUUGCCGACUGACAACUUCAGGAGAAGUGUCCGGAGAUGCGGACUCACUGCACUCUACCUUCGUGGAUCUGACAAAGACCUUCGACACGGUGAGCCGCGAAAUAACGUGGAAAAUCAUGCAGAAAGUCGACUGUCCCGAGCGAUUCACUCGGAUGGUGCAUCAGCUCCACGAUGGCUUGACGGCGCGUGUCACGGCCAACGGAGCCGUCUCAGGGGCAUUCGCAGCGACUAAUGGAAUGAAACAGGGCUCCGUCCUCGCGCCCACCGCCUUCAGUUUCAUGUUACUGACAUACUAAGAGACUCCUAUCGUGACGAACGCCUCGAUAUCCGUAUCGCCUACAGGAUGGAUGCCAAACUCCUCAAUCGUCCUGGAUGCACUUUCAGUCGCGUGUAUCCACAGCUACUUACCACGAACUCCUCUUCUCAGACGACCGCGCAAUCAACAGUACGGCUGAAGAAGAAAUGCUACGAAGCAUGGAUCUCUUAACCUCCGGCUACAUCUACUUCUGACUGACCAUCAACAUGCACGAAACGGGGGUCAUGCAUCAGCAGCCGCCGAGCGCUGGGUACAUUGUCUCUCACAUCCACGUCAACGGCACCGAACUGGAGGCCGUGCACAGCUUCAACUACCUAGGCGACACGAUGCCACCCUGCAUCAAAAUAGAUGACUCAGUGGCCCGCUGGAUAUCCAAAGCCAGCCAAGCUUUCGGCCGACUGCAGAACUCCGUGAGGAAUAGCCACGGCCUCCAACUAAACACCAAACUGAAAAUAUACAAGUCCGUCGUCUUGACGACACUUCUCGACGAAGCAGAGACUUGGACUGUCUACUCGAGCCAUACCGGAAAGCUCAACCACUUUCAUCUUAGCUGUCUUCACAGAAUACUAAAACUGAGCUGGCAGGGAUGGAUCCCCUACAUGGAAGUGCAAGAACGGACUGAAAUCCUCAGGGUUAGGACAACUGUAACUGCGAGGAAAAACAACGAGCGACUACCAAGACGACUAUUUUAGAGGGAAGUCGCCACGGGUACUCGUCGACAAAGAGGACAAAAACGGCGCUACAUAAACACUUUGAAGAACUCUCUGGAACAGUUGCGGAUCAAGUCGGAGACCUGAAAGGACCUCGCCUAGAACAGACCGACCUGAAAAAAUAACCGGCUAGAUCGCAGUUGGUAGUCAGGAAUAGGGAAGCGGACGGCGACCUUAACCCUAAUCCAAACCUUAAACUUUAACCGUUAACCCUAACGGCAACUUUAACCCUAACCCUAAUCGAAAUCGUAAACGUAUCUGUAGCCCUUAGACACAGACCUAGCUAUAAACCCUAACCGUAACACUGAAACCUAGUCAUAAACUCAAACUCUAACCGUAACCCGAAAACCUAAGCCUAAAAGCCAUAACCCUAACCCGAAACUCGGAUACCAUUAACCGGUACCGUAAUCCUAACCUUAAACGUAAAACGGAAGCCAAAUGGGUCCCAUGUGAUUAUGUAGCCCCGUAAAAAAGCCCCAGCAAACAAACCACCAGCCACCUGUAAUACGGGAUCUGGCUACCAUCUGAGAUCUAGCUAAAGAACGGAAGGCAAUCGAAUUGUCGUCGCCAAAGAUAAAAGGGAGGGCUGCAUGUCACAAGUGACUCAAUCCCUCAAUGCUAACAGUCAGCCGCUUCCAACAUGCCCGCGCUGCCAACGCACAUUUCGAGGGCGAAUCGGCCUCUUAGAACACCUUCGGACUCAAGACACCAGCAGCCUGGCCACGUCAACUUCUUCCUCCACUUUCGCCUAUGCCGCAAACCCUCGAAGAUGGCAACCCACGUCACCGACGAUCACACUGUCGCUGUCCCGCUGCCAGCAACCGCCGACAUCUUCCACCCUGCCUCAUCCCCUCCAUCGACCACAGUGACCAGCUCCACCAGCACAACGAUAUCUCGCACUCCCCCACCGAUGGGACGAUGGGACAUCCCUUCAUCUGCUACCACCACCAGCAGCACCCCCACUUCCAGCGAAGUAGACUCGGUUCACCCCUGUCCCCAUUGCGAUCGCACACUCACCUCCCACAUCGGUCUGGUCAGCCACUUGCGAAAACGCCGCACAGAGACUUGUGUACCAGUGCCUGGAGCACCAACACAGACUCGCCACAUCCACCACAGCUGCUCCCACUGCCCCCGCGCAUUCAGCCACCGCACGGACCUAUAAGGUCACAAGAGCGUUCAAGAAAACCUGCGGUUGACGCCCGCCGGUCGUACCACAUCAUCACACCUUUCCCCCACCAGCACCUGAACCACGCAACAACAUCGCCCACCGCCAGGAAACGCAAACACUAGAUCGACACCUCUCAUGUAAGUGAGAAGUGUGCUCCUUGGCUCCUUCUUCAUGUGGCUCCUCUGCUGCACGCGCGAUCCGAGCCUAAGAAUUUCACGGGGCGCCAAAUGCCGUGGCUUGUAAGGUUGCCGACUGACGCCACAACUCAGUCCACGCAAUCUGCCUAGUUGUGUGUGAAGGGGCGGACUGAUGGGCUGAGAGUCAGGCUGCAACGGCUCCUUCCUAACGUGACCUCUGGCACUCUCAUGCGUGCGAGGAGUGUGUGUGUACAUGGAUAGUGUCUCUCAGUCGAAGACUGAUUGCUUACCCGGCCUUUGGAGGAUGAUGGCCCAGGCAAAUGCACGGCUGCGUCCCACCCAUCUGCGCUUUAAGGAUUGUGUGCGUCUCCUAUUCAGCAAACCAUGAUCCCUACAGCCUGGUGUGCGUUGGCAGUUCUCUGGCACCUGGUUUCCUGCCAGAAGAUGUGCUUGGGCCUCCGCUGGGUAUGCAGACGCGCGUGGUUCCCCAGUGAACUAUGUCAUCCGUCCCUUUCUGACACUUUUGUCGUUAGUUGUAGUUCUGGUCAAGUGUUUGCUGUGGACCAGGGGAUGUGGUGGUACGCCUACGUGCAGGUCCGGCCGUGCCAGCCACUUGUGCCCUUUCCUGCCUUCGGUCUUCUUGACUACGUUUGGAUACCCAGCUCAGAGGGUAGGGGAGAGUGCAGUAGAUGCUUCGAAAGUCCACUGCCGUUAUAAACUAAUUAAUGCACAUGUCACCGUGCCUCUUCUCACCUUUCUGUGGAGCUCUGUCAGGUACUUGGGCCGAGGUAAUCGUCCUUCUCUCCCCUCUUCCUCUUCCUCCUCCUCCUCCUCCUCCUCCUCCUCCUCCUCCUCCUCUUCCUCUUCCUCUUCCUCCUCCUCCUCCUCACCCUCAUCCACCUCCCUCUCCUCCUUCCUCCGCAAUAAUUGCACCCUUGUUCUUCUCAGAUCUGCAAGCGCGGAUCUCGCCAUGAAUUCCGUUUUUAACAUUAAUGGAACAGGUGAGUAUAAUAUUUUGUCCGUCCUUUUCCGUCUGCCUUUGUAUUUUAGAUCUACCUCCAACUAACAGAAAAACCCAGUUCAGGUUUCAACUUAAGAAGUCGUUCUCAGCGUUAUACUCUGCUGCUUGACAUAGGCCUCUAAUAUCCAUGAACGGGAAUAUCGUGGACAUCCGUCUCACUGUCAGUACGACUCACUCUUUCCAAUCAUGAUAACUAUGCCUUUUUGAUCAGGCGCCCAAUUGCUUGAACUUGUUGGCAUCAAUCCACAUCAAAGGCCAUUAGGCCGCUAUGAGCUUUAAGUUCAUAAAGCCUGUGGACUGUCCGGAGUUUGGUUUUAACACCCGUUGUCCCAUUGAGCUCGAUGCCACAAUGUGCCAGUCAACACCGGACCGCAGAAGUGGAAAAGUUAGACCCCUGUGGUGUGAGAUAUCUGUGCUAAGGCCGAAACUAACCAUCCCCGUUCCGAAAUCCAUGCGUGUAUGGUUGCUACUUACCUUUGUUGGACAGGCAUCUGCAGUUGGUUACCGACCUCGAAAAUUGUACCUGACCUCCAGUGACUUGGGCAUAGUUUGACCUUCUAACUCGAAAUCACAUUGGUCCGUAUUUGACGUUUGUGUACUACGCCGAUCGAAAUUAUAUGGGGACAUCCGCCAACCCAUCGAAAUCUUCGAUUAACCAUGUUUUCCGGCUUGUCAAAUGUUUUUUGAGUGUACGAUUCUGUUGCCUUCGCUUAGUAUGCUUUAUAACCGUACUUGACUACAUGAUAUCCGGUUGAGCGCUCGGACUGGAUACCACGAGAGCCUUGAUAUCUUCUGUCGCGGAUGGACCAGGACAGGGCUGAGUUAUCUACACCGGUGCUAUCGCUUUAACACCAUAUCACUACGAAGGCCUGCUAAGUGCAGUGCCUUUUCUGACUGCGGUCGACAAAUUCUACAAUGGUCCGAGCUGCAGUUGUGCUGGACCAUCAGGGGUCCAGAUCAGGGUAUGGCACGCGUUAGUGGGCAUCUCACCCACAAUAUAUUCCGUAGGCGGGCUUGGUGGUAGCUUGCCUAGCCGCAGGCUCACUCCUUGUCAGCUACCUGCACCCUAUUCCGCCUCCAGUCUCGUUGACUCUGUCCGAGAAUUGGGUCAAGGUGGGUGAGGAGGAGGGGGUGUGGCCGAUACAGCGCAAGUCUACUCCCCCAGUAGACUGAUUCAUGUCCCUGACACCACCCUGCUGUAGGACACAAAAUGAACAUGUUUGGUAACGACGAUAUAAUUGUCGGUCGAAGCAUCCUACUGCGUGAUCGAUCUCCUGAAAUGUCAGUCGAAAUUCUGAAAUGCGUUUGCGACUAGGAAAGAUUACUUAGGUGGGGUUGUGAUACUGAACAUCCUGAGGCACAAUCGGCUAGAUCGCAGUUGGUAGCCAGGCCCCGUAUUACGGGUGGCUGGGAGGGUUUGUUUACUGAAGCUAUUUAGUGAGGCUGCGUAAUUACAUCUGACCCAUUUGGCUUUCGUUUUACGCUUAAGGUUAGGAUUAGGGUACCGGUUAAUGGUUUCCGAUUUUCGGGUUAGGGUUAUGCCUUUAGGCUUAGUUUUUCGGGUUACGGUUAGGGUUUGAGCGUACGACUAGGUUUCAGUAUUAUGGGUAGGUUUUUCAGUUACGGCUAUGUCUAAGGUCUAAGGCUACGUUAACGAUUUCGAUUAGGGUUAGGGUUGCCGUUGGGGUUAACGGUUAACGUCUAAGGUUGAGGUUGGGUUUAGGGUCAAGGUUAGGAUUAGGGUUAGGGUCGCCGUCCGCUUCCCCAUUCCUGGCUACCAGCUGCGAUCUAGCCGCACAAUCCUAUAAUUUUUUAGACUCAGCAGAAUGUAAGAUUUUAAAAGCACCUCUUUUUGGCCUCCUGUAAAAACUGCACAUGUAAAAGUGGCUACUUAAGUAGUAUGCAUUUUUACAUUGAUUUUCUAUGGCCUUGCAAACCUAAACAUAUUUUAUAGAAAAAAUACACAAAAGUAUGAUUUUCUUUGCCCAUUUGGCAGUUACUUACAUUGUUUUUGCAUCUGCGUUUCGUGCAUGUUAUGUCCGAAUUGUCAUUUGUAUGGACAGGGAGAUUACCCACGCGGGUAUACACUACUACCGUGAAACGUGCGGAGUCAAAUGCCUGAGUAAUUGUCACGCCGACCAAUAAUUACGGGAUGUCCAAUUACGGUUUCACCGUGUAGGCGUGACAGAUCGCCUACGAGCCUCGUGCACACGGUAGUUGCUCCACACAGUCCUUAACUGGUGUCUAGCUCUCACCCGUGGAUCUCAAUAACUGUGGUUUUGCUUAGUGGCCACAUUCCCGUAGCCUUCCUUGACCGGCAGAAUAAGCCAGAUGGGGUGUCCGGGAUGUACUUGUUUUUACAUCCAGUGCCGCCAACAGAAGCGAAAAGACGAGUUUCAGGAAACAAUCGUGAAGAAAGAGACACGACCACUGGGACAAGAACUUUAUUCGCCCGACGUUUCGGAUUGAUGCUCAAACCCAUCACUAGAGACAAAAGCAUAUACCUAUGUCAUAACCACUGGGACGCCACUAAGUGGGGACAAAGUCGCCACCAUCGUCAACGCUCGCUCCCCCCCCCCUCCCCAUGACCAGCUUUGGUGACGUGAAGAACAAAUUUUACGAAGACCUGCACGCUCUCCAACAGACUGCACCGGGUGCGGACAAAUUGAUUACUUCUGGCUACUGCAGCGUCCACAUAGGCACUAGGCAUACUGCAAGAAGAAGAAGAAGAAGAAGAAGAAGAAGAAGAAGAAGAAGAAGAAGGUGAUGAAGAUGAGGUCACUGGAACAAGAAGUUUAUUGGACUGACGUUUCGGAUUCUCACUCGAACCCAUCACCAGAGACGGUCGCAGAGAAAGGCACUAGGGGUCACAAAGACUGCAUUAUUUAUAGUACGUGGCUGCCGUGAGGCCACAUGCGUACUCUAAUUAACACCUCUCGCGAUCACCGCUGGGGGUCGUAAUAAGUGCGAUUAUGGCUCGUCAGUCCGCGUCAGAGUUAUUAAUUACCGCAAUUCCAUCAUCCGAAUUGGAUGUUGACGUGGUGAUCACUCGGCCAUUUGGCUCGCUGUCACUGGGAUUGUUGCCCGCCCGCACCCUCCCCAUGUGGCUGAUUCCCCUGCUCAGGGAAUGCCUCAACACUAAAUACGAUAACCGGAGGUCAUUGCGCUUGUUAAUGAAUUACGGGCUUGAGCAUCAUGAUUGGAGCAGCUCGCGGAUCACGCGGUUGUCAUCCCUUGCGAGGAUUUCGGCCUAUCAAAAUUUGAAAAUAUGGCCGGGUUCCGUGGAAUUAACCGCCAACUAAGAGCUGGCGUCUUUCCUCCUCAUGGCUGCUGCGUUCUCAGUCAUCUGCGUCCUGAGUAAUCUCUCAAUUUUUCCGACGUAGCUGCUCUGUCCGCAACUGCACCGGAUACGGUAAACAACUCCAAACGUUUACUGCCGUGGCAGGGGGGUCUUUCGGCCUCACAAUCUGGCGCGUGAUGGUUUCUUCCACCCUGUGUGCAACCCCAACUCCAAGUAAAGCGAGGUGACUGACGGCUUCCGAGAGGUUCAUCACGUACGGAAGAGCUCACCGAAAUUUAGGGCCGGUUGGAUGUGGUCUCCGGUUUCGUUCGUGUACGCACUGAUCGGCAAUGUUGCGCGGAUAGUCAUUAGCUCUCACUACCCACUGGAGAUAUUGUAAUUCAGCAACCUUAUCUUCCAAUUCACUGCAGUGUGUUUUAAUGCGCCUGUAUGGCGUUCUUACGCAAAUGCGUUCGCUACUGAUCGCGUGGUUACUGUUGAAGUUCAGUACUGGCGUCGUAUUUGUUAUUUUCUCGAACACUUAGGUUUCUAGGCCACCACAAUUUUUUCAACUGAUGAGGACAUCCAGAAAGGCCAGCUGGUUGUUUUCUCCCUCCUCCGUCGUAAAUUGAAUGUCUGCGAGGCCAGCGCUCAGACGUUCCUUGAAUUUCAGCACUUAGUCCAGUUCGAUGAUGACGAAGGUAACAUUCUUUUACCGCGACAAAAAUGUCGGUCUGUGAUACCGGAAAACUAACGAUUUCAACCGUGAAAGACCGCUUCAGCUAUGAGUCCGGAAAUCGGCUAACCCAUUGGCGUGCCUUUUACCUGCCGGUAGUUUGUUCCGUCGAACUUAAAUUACUUCUUGAUACGGAACUUCAGGAGUUGGAUGAUUUGAGCAUGUCGGAGCCGAUCCUCGCUCUCAUCGUAUUUCUCUCGUAG